AUGUCUCUGCAGCCACCAAUCCAUGAUGUUGAUAAACCUGAGCUGGUAGCUCUGAUAGGGCAAGUGUUUGAGGCGUAUGUAACAGAGCACCACACGACUGACAUCAUGCAGAUCCUUCUGGCGCUUGAUGAAGAUGCCCACUACUCGGUGGUCAGCAACACCAUGACACUAUUCGAAGCCAACAUGGAGGUGGGAGACUACUUUAACGCCUACCCCAGCGGGGUCAACAUCUUCAACAACGCCCUUCACAGAGCCGCCAAGACGGUGUCAGUGAACUCAACACAGCAAGGCUGGCACAAGGUCAAACACCACCUGCAUGCCCGAAUCACAGAUCUUCCUCUGUGUCCAGAGCUCACCAGGGAGAACAUCCCCAAGUCUCGGAACGCGGGUCACUUCCUGUUCGUAACAGACACGGUCAUCCGCACCAGUGUGACCAAGGUCCUGGAGUACAAGGGACUAAAUGUGUGCCGUCAUGUGCUCUCCCUGCAAACCGACUUGCCCACCUACUGCCGGAUGGAGCUCCCACCUACUGCCGGAUGGAGCUCCCACCUACUGCCGGAUGGAGCUCCCACCUACUGCCGGAUGGAGCUCCCACCUACUGCCGGAUGGAGCUCCCACCUACUGCCGGAUGGAGCUCCCACCUACUGCCCCAACCAGGACCUCUGCAACUCCAAGUUCACCUGCCACCAAGUUCAGGCUGUCUGUGGGCAGUAUUCCAUGGUGGUCAUUCUAGAGGAUGAUCUGGUGGACAGCUGUAAAUCAGGUAACACUGAUGAUGUCACAGUGCAUGGAGUAGUUUGUCAGCGAUGGAAGCCCCUGUAUGAGGGCGCACAUUGUGAACUGGAUCUAGUGUUGAAAGCCAACUUUAUUGAAGUGAACAAUGAGCAGACCAUGGCAGCUCUGGUCCUAGAGGACAUGCAGAAGGAGUUUGACUAGCUCUGGGACAAUUGCAAACAUGACCCUAUAGCUGGCAGGAAGUAGAUUCUCAUGAGUCUGUGCCCACAGGUGUUUUGGAUGUACGUAGUUAAGUUAUCUGUUGCUAUGGUGUUAGCCGGUGGGGUGCAAAGCAUAGAUCCCUAUGGAACAAAGGUAAGAGGCGAGUCUCAUCUUCUGCAGGGAAAGUUUCUGAAGUACGCUGCUAAAAUCACUCCCCUCUCAGUCCUCACUGCUGGGAUCUUCUCUCCUUCCGCAGGUCUCACGGUGGCAGCCGUGAAGGACUCUUGGGAGUGGCAUCUAGAGGCAGGAGCCCUGUUGUUCAACAGCAUCAAAGAGCACGACCGCACCAGUAUCCACGGAACCAUGGAGAAGCAGACCAUCACUGUGGCCAAGGCCAGCAUUGUGUGUAAACUGAACACCGGGACAACCAUCUUGGCAGCAUCCAACCCUAAGGGCCAGGAGGACUCCAACGUGCCUGUGUCGGUCAACGUGGCCCUAGCCAGAUCCCUGCUCAGUCGUUUUGACCUGGUCCUGGUCCUACUGGAUGUUAGAGAUAAUGAAUACGACCCUGAUAAUAAUAACGCCUUCCUCUGCCCUCCAGGAGCUCCCAGCCAGUCAUAGGAGUCUCUGUGGUGCAUGGAGAAGAUGAAGGCCUAUUUCUGCCCUACCAAGGGGCUGCAGCCGCGGGUGUCUGAGGAGGCCAACUCCAUUCUGUCCAGAGGCUACCAGUUGCAGAAGCAAAGUGACAGCAGGAACGCAGCCCACACCACCGACCGCAUGCUGGAGAGCCUCAGCCGCCUCGCAGAGACACGUGCCAGGUUGAUGUUCCAUGUGGAGGAUGCUGUUGUCGAGGUCUCUGUCACGGAGUGCACUACGCAGCUAGGAAACUCCUUAGGGGGCACUCUCCUGGGAGAUAGAAAUGCUCUGCACAUGUCAUUUCCUGACAACCCCAGUCAGCAGUACCGGACACAGUGUCAGUUCGUUCUGGAGGGACUCCAGCUCCUACACAUCCUCAACAAGGAGAUGGACAGGCUCUCAAGGCCCGAAACCUGCCAUCUAGACCAUCUAGAGCAGGCCUUCUCCACAGACUCCCUGCCCUCCCACAGCACACCUCCAGCAGGGAAGAAAUGCAACUCAAAGAAGAACUAUGUCCCUUGUAACCUUCCGUCUGGAGACCAAGACCCCUCUGAUACUAGAAAGACUGAACAGAAAAGGGAGAGUGAGAAACAGUGUUACAAAGACAGGCCAGCAGAGGGCAGCAGUGCAGCUAAGAAGUCGAGACUAAGGGUUCAGUCUGACGAUAAAUACUUUUUCACUGAGGUGUCAUGUGACCUGAGCCCAGAGGUCCCAGGGCAGAGGGUGGUAGUGGUAGUGGGGGGGAUCAUGGGACAGAGCAGAAACGCCAGCAGCUGCUGA